GUCACUUCCUGUGUCCUGCAGCUGUUUGUUAACGAGGCCCAGCUAGACUCCUCUAACCUCCUGAGCUCUAACGGGGUGAUUCACGGCGUGUCGGCCGUUAUGAUCAUCAACAGGAACCGCUGCGACGACGCCUCCUUCACCAGAUCCCCCGGGAGCUGCGUGGACUGCCUGUUCCCUCAGGGGAAGAUCUGCCCCAACGCCACGCGCCCAGACCCGUCGAUGCGCAGCAGGAAGUGCAUGUUCACCCGCAUGUUCGAGGGCGAGCGGCUGCUGACCAUCGGCUGCAGAGCCACCUGCCUGCAGGAGAACAGGGUGCGGCGCUGCUGCUCCGGGUUCUUCGGGCCUCACUGUGAGUCCUGCCCGGGUCCAGCGGGUCGGUCCUGCUCCUCUAACGGGUUCUGCUCGGACGGAGCCAGCGGCGCCGGAAACUGCAGCUGCAACCCGGGCUUCAGAGGCACCGCCUGCGAGACCUGCAGCGCCGGGAAGUACGGCGUGCACUGCGACCAGGAGUGUGUGUGUGUGCAUGGCCGCUGCUCUGAGGGUCUGCAGGGAGACGGCAGCUGUGAGUGUGACGUCGGCUGGAGAGGAGUCCUCUGUGACCAGAAGAUAGAGUCGUCAGCUGAGGAUCUGUGUGGAGCCCUGAAGUGUCACACCAGCGCCAACUGUGUGAUCAGAUCCUCGUCGCCUCAGUGCCUCUGCGCUGCCGGAUUCACGGGGAACGGCACUUCCUGUUCAGCGGUGGAUGUGUGUGUGCAGGGUAACGGCGGCUGCAGUGUGUUGGCAGUGUGUAAGCGCACGCUGCCGGGCCAACGGGAGUGUGUGUGCACGGCCGGACACACCGGGGACGGGCUCGUGUGUGUCGAAAUAAACCCGUGCCUGCAGGGGAACGGAGGCUGUCACUCCGACGCAGAAUGCUUCCACGCCGGGCCCAACAAGACUUCCUGUGUCUGCAGUAAAGGUUUCAAAGGGGACGGACAAACCUGUGAGAUGAUCAACCUGUGCAAAAAGAGGAACGGGGGCUGCCACCAGUCGGCUCGCUGCAACACGACGGGCCCAGGGGUCCGAAGCUGCUCCUGCUACAACAACUUUGUUGGGGACGGGAUCAGCUGCAGGGGCACGGUUGCCCGGGAGCUGCUGGCCAGGAAGCUGAGAGACUUCUACCUGAGUCUGAUGCUGACGGACAUCCCUCUGAAGGGCCGCGGCCCGUUCACCGUGUUCGUUCCCAACAAAGAGGCGAACGCCGUGCUGAGAGCUGCCGGAGACAAGAAGCGUGCGAUGACAGGCCCAGCGCACCGCGAGCUGUUAGCCUCAGUGCUGCGCAGCCACAUCGUGAUGUGUCACACGCUGCUGCCCGCCGACCUCGCCCGACCCCGAAACCUCACCUCGCUGUCGGGCACCGUGAUGACCACCCGCAGCCAGGAGGGCAGCAUCUUCAUCAACGAUGCUAACGUGACGUACAGUAACGGCGUCAGUGUGAACGGGAUCUUCCACGAGAUCAGCAAGUUCCUGGUGUCUCCCAUCCCGGUCGAGAAUCUUCCCACCACUCUGCUGAACCUGACGGACGUAGCCGAGCAUCAUGGGUAUAAAACCUUCUUCAAACUGCUGCAGGACUCCGGGCUGAUGGACCUGCUUCAGGAUCACAACUUUCAGCCGGUGACGCUCUUCAUGCCUUCAGACAACGUCAUGGCCGCCCUGCCGAAGGAGCAGAGGGACUUCCUGUUUCACCCAGACAACCGGGCCCAGCUGACUGAGUACCUGAAGUACCACAUCCUGCAGGGCCGGAAGGUGUAUGCUGAGGGUCUGAUCCACCAGGAGGGGGUCCGGACUCUGCAGGGUUCCCCACUGUCCUUCACCUGCGGGGGGGCGGACGCCAUG